CAAUUCACAAACUUGCCAAAUUUGGAAAUAAUUUGCAUUCCAUAUUCUCGUCCCUGAUUCUUCUUCUUUGUAAAUCAUCUUCUCCGAUUUUAACUCCCUUUAUUCAUCAUCUUAUUUUAUUAACAACUUUGAAUAUAUGUGUUAAAGAUAUAUGCAAAAUGCUUAAAUGUGUAUCUCAGUCUCAAUUUAUGAGGUUGGAUGAUUUAGGUUCAAGAUCAUCAUCAGCCUCAUCCUCGAUUCCCCUGAACAAACGUGGAUUUGAGGGAAUAAGUCAGCCACAUCAUGCAGCUGCAAUCCCCUUUAAAUCUUUCAAAAAAGGAAUUGAAAAAGGUACUGAACGAAUUAGAUCAAUCGGCCGCUCACUCGGAUUUGGAGUAUCCCGUGCAGUAUUUGCUGAAGAUCUUAAAGUAUCAGAAAAAAAAAUCUUUGACCCUCAAGAUAAAUUCCUUCUGACAUGGAAUAAAUUCUUUGUUGUUUCCUGUAUUCUGGCUGUGUCUAUAGACCCAUUAUUUUUUUACCUCCCGGUUAUUGAUCAGUCUAAAUCAUGCCUUGGUAUGGACAGAAAGAUGGCCAUUAUAGUUACAACACUUAGGACCAUUAUUGAUACAUUUUAUCUUAUACACAUGGCUCUUCAAUUUAGAACAGCAUACAUUGCACCAUCAUCACGGGUUUUUGGACGGGGUGAACUUGUGAUUAACCCAGCACAAAUAGCUAAAAGAUAUUUGAGGUGGUAUUUUAUCAUUGAUUUCCUCUCCGUGCUUCCCCUGCCACAGAUUGUCAUUUGGAGAUAUUUGCAAAGAUCUAGAGGUUCAGAUGUAUUAUCUACAAAACAAGCAUUAUUUUUUAUGGUGUUACUCCAGUAUAUCCCAAGAUUUGCACGAAUUGUGCCUUUAACUUCAGAACUCAAAAGGACUGCUGGUGUUAUCGCUGAAACCGCUUGGGCUGGUGCUGCUUAUUAUUUAUUGCUGUACAUGCUUGCUAGUCAUAUAGUUGGGGCGUUUUGGUAUUUAUUGUCUGUAGAGCGUAAUGAUACAUGUUGGCGAAGAGCUUGUAAGGAAAGCGGUCACGAUGCUAAUCUAUUGUAUUGUGGUAAUGAUCACAUGGUGGGUUAUGAUCGCUGGAGCAAUAUCAGUAGGUCAGUUUUAACCACGGCUUGCAGCCCUGAUGGUGACAAUCCACCAUUUGAUUUUGGGAUUUUCCAGCAGGCUUUGUCAUCGAACAUCGUGUCAUCGAAAACAUUUGUAUCAAAGUACUGCUACUGCCUGUGGUGGGGACUGCAGAAUUUAAGCACACUUGGGCAGGGGCUUCAAACCAGCACCUAUCCUGGGGAGUCUUUAUUUUCCAUCACACUCGCCAUAUCUGGACUCAUUCUCUUUGCUCUUUUGAUCGGAAACAUGCAGACAUACCUCCAAUCUCUCACUAUCCGUCUUGAAGAAAUGAGAGUUAAGAGGCGUGACUCUGAACAGUGGAUGCAUCACCGGUUACUUCCACAGGAUUUGCGUGAGCGUGUAAGACGCUACGAUCAGUAUAAGUGGUUAGAAACUCGUGGUGUGGACGAAGAGAGCUUGGUCCAGAGUUUGCCCAAGGAUCUCAGAAGGGAUAUAAAACGUCAUCUUUGUCUCUCUUUGGUCAAAAGGGUUCCCUUGUUUGAGAACAUGGACGAGAGAUUGCUUGAUGCCAUAUGUGAAAGGCUAAAACCUUGUUUAUACACUGAUCAUACCUACAUUGUUCGAGAAGGAGAUCCCGUGGAUGAAAUGCUCUUCAUAAUCCGUGGUCGUCUUGAGAGUGUAACCACUGAUGGCGGCAGAACUGGGUUUUUCAAUCGUAGUUUGCUAAAAGAAGGUGAUUUUUGUGGUGAAGAGCUUCUAACAUGGGCACUUGAUCCUAAAUCUGGGGCUAACCUUCCAUCUUCAACUAGAACCGUGAAAGCACUACGAGAGGUGGAAGCAUUUGCAUUACCAGCAGAUGAACUGAAGUUUGUUGCUGGCCAGUUUAGGCGGCUGCACAGUAGACAGGUGCAACACACUUUCAGAUUUUACUCACAGCAGUGGCGAACCUGGGCAGCAUGUUUCAUUCAGGCAGCCUGGCGGAGACAUUGCAAGAGAAAAAUUCUUGAGCGAAGGCGUAAGGAAGAAGAGGAAGAGACAGAAUUGGCUGCACAUGAUGCAUCCGGUGGUAAUGGAGGUUCUCAUAGCCUUGGUGCUACUUUCUUGGUGUCAAAAUUCGCGGCUAAUGCUCUUCGUGGGGUCCACCGGAUCAGGGACCAGGACCAGGACCGGAAAUUGGAGACUGGCAGGGAACUGGUAAAUUUACCAAAGCCUCCAGAGCCUGAUUUUACUGCCGAUGCUGAUUAGUUUUGUUCAUACCUAUGUACUAGUAUUUACAUGUGCAUGGAAAGUUGUAGGCAAUAAUGGUAAAUACAGAGUAAUUAUUAUAUUACUAGAAGAUGUUAUACCUUAAUCUAUAUCUUGGAUUGGAUAUAUAUAGGUAUAUGGCCUAAAAUUUUGCCAACUUUGUCCAUAGAACAUAAAUAUUUCAUACUGAUACACACAUAUAUCAAUAUCAAUAAGUCGGGUUAACCCAGCAAUUCUAACUUA